CACCUGGCGAUGGCCACGAUCGUAAUUUAAACCAAACUACAAGGACAUUUUCCGUAGCCAAUCUCAAAAGAAUCAAUCCGAGAACUCAACUCGCUCUCUAUUCUCGCCCACGUCCCAAUUCCUAAACCAACCAAUCUGAUUGGUCAAACCAACGUGUCCCCUUUAUAUUACCGCGAGUUUAUAUAUACCUCAUACUCGCGAGCGUAAGUCAUUUUCCGACUGAUGUGUCUCCCUCUGUAAAACGCACCGGCGGGUGGAUAUCUAGUUUCUCGUUUCUUACAUGCUAGCUUGUCGCGUUUUCUUACAGUAGUUUCUUUUGUUAUUCAAAAACCUUUAUUUUUAGAUUGUUUUUCGUAGAAUUUUUAGGUUUUUAAUCGAAAAAAUGGCUUUGGUUUCAUUCGUCGGAAGAGUUCUUUUCGCUUCAGUGUUUAUCCUCUCUGCUUGGCAAGAGUUUAAUGAAUUUGGUGUUGAUGGAGGGCCAGCGGCCAAGGUAUUGAAACCAAAACUCAAUGUCUUCUCAAAGAUCAUGUCAGCUCAUACAGGGGUGCAAGUGCCAGAAUUUGAUAUUAAGUAUCUAGUUGCUGCUGCUGGUGCCAUUAAGGGUGUUGGGGGUAUUCUUUUUAUCUUUGGCAGCAGUGUUGGAUCUUAUCUUCUGGUUCUGCAACAGGUCAUUCUUACUCCUAUAUUGUAUGACUUCUACAACUAUGACAUGGAAAAGAAAGAAUUCGGUCUACUUUUCACAAAGUUCUCACAGAACUUGGCGCUGUUAGGGGCAUUGUUCUUCUUCAUUGGCAUGAAGAACUCAAUCCCCAGGAGACAACUCAAGAAAAAGACUCCAAAAACCAAAACAGUUUGAAGAGGAACAUGCGGUAAACCAAGGGUGUAUUUUCUUGUUCAAUAUCUGCUUACAUUAAUGAAUCCAGAUCUAUUUUUGUAUGCUUAUAUCAAGGUUUUGUUCCUUCAAGAUUAGGGGAAAAAGGGCAUAUUACUUUGACAGUUUGAUACUGAUAAAUACCAAGUUCAUGUCAAUUUAAUUGAGUUUCUGAAAGAAUUUGAUAA